AUGGCUACCACAAACAACGAGUCAGAUUCUCCGCAAAAGAACACAGGUAAUGAAGAAAAUGCUGGCAAAGAUGAUGAGAAUAGCAUGUUUGAAUGUAACAUAUGCUUGGAAAAUGCAACAGACGCGGUUGUCAGUUUUUGUGGCCAUUUAUAUUGCUGGCCAUGCUUGCAUCGAUGGUUAAAAACUCAAAGAGGUAAUAAAGUAUGCGCUGUAUGUAAAUCGGGUAUCUCUAAAGCUAAAGUAAUACCAAUUUAUGGACGUGGAAAUUGCAAACAAGAAGAUUCUAGAAAUGACGUGCCACCUAGGCCUGCUGGUCAAAACACUGAACCGGAUGCUACUGGUUUCCUCGAUUUUACCUCGCCGUUUGGAAUAGGAGCAUUUCUUUUUAGAUUCGUAACAUCGUUUAAUUUCACUGAUCCUCCACUUGGAAUUCCAGUUGGUAGUCAACUACAACAUGAUGAUCAAUACUUAUCAAAACUUUUCUUAUUGAUUGCAGUUAUAUUUUUAAUUUGGCUAUUUUUGGCAUGA